UUUUCGUCAAAUAAAGAUGAUUGUUAGUCGUCAGUUCGUAAUAGACUAAUUGCGAGACCUCUGUUUGUUCCUAUUUGUGAGUAUUUCAUCUUGUAUGCAUACAGAGAACGAACCUAUGGUGGGUUUGGGAGCCAGACAGUUCCCAACAGGACAACCUGAACCAGGCCUCCAGACUGCGAGUAACAAUCCUCUGUUGACACCCGGGCGAAAACUGGUGUCAAGUGCCCAGCCUUCCUCUGCCAGAGAUCAGCCAAGUUGGGCAGAAAUUUUCACACCUCAGCGUAGCGCUCGCGUCCAGGAAUCUGCAAUACAAGCAACUCGUCUGCAACCUUCUCUCGAACCAUUGCGAACUCCUGCAAAACAGCAGGGUCCUCAGGAGGAUAUUUGUACGCCACAAAGACUACUACUUGAAACCCAAAGCGCCGCUAUAGCACAAGAGCAUGUUCGCUCGACUUUUGCAAAUUCCUCGUCUUCUAUACGGCAGCCGUUAGUUGAAUUUAAGCAACAACACAGUGCCUUGACCGUAGAUUUGCAGCGCAAUCAUGACACCAUGGCAACACCCGCCCGUCAAUCUCAGACUGGUUCUCAGGGUCCUAGAUCAGACCUUCCGCCGGAAUGUUCCCACGUCCCUGGUCCUAGUUUCCAGCUCCCUGCGAGAACUUUCACCACCCCAGUGCAACAAGGUGCUCUUGUUUCCCAGUCUUUCAGCUCGGACCAGCCACCGCUUUGGUCAGAGAUUUUUACUCCACAGCGAGUUACAAGACAAAACGUUGCUGCUCAAAACAUGGCAGCUCAUUCCUUCAACGAUCCCUUAGUUACCCCUCUGAGGCAAAAUUUGCCAGUGACCGAGGACCCUAGUUCAACUCACCGACAGCAACAUCCAAUAGCAGACGUCUUUACCUCCAAGCAAGGUGGAGAUGCGAUCCAAGACCUCGGACCCAGGCUUCGAUGUUCCACGGUUCAAAUUACCAGUUUCCAGCCCGCCGUCGAUACCACCCAGGACUCUUGUUCAAUGGACGAGUUCUUAACACCUCAGCGGAAAGAUGGCUCUGGAAAGGAACUUUUCAAACUCACUACAGUAGAGGAAGAGGACGAUGUCGCAUUUCUAGAACGUCAAGCACUCGAAGAUCUAGGCCUGCUUAAAAUCACCGACGAGUUUCACAAAGACUCAGUUGCUGCCUCGUGUACCACGAUUCAAGAGAACAGUGAUGUUAUGCCCUCGCUGUUGUUUAACACUUGGGUGGAUUCGUCCAGAAGUGUGGCACAUGAGAAAAGCACCUUGCAGUCGGUUACAAUACACCGGCCAGCGGAAGGCGUUCUUGAUCCGUCCAGAUCUUCGUGUAAUGCAACAUCGACGAGUAUCAACCAACACUCGAGCUUUGAACAAUGCCCAAGCUACUCUCCGGCAGUGCGAUUUGCGCUCCCUAAGCCCUCAAAAGAGUCUAGGACAAACAUCUCCAAUACUUUGCACACGAGCUCUUUUACGUCGAGAGAAAGGGAGCUAGUGACCUCUAGAGAGGCACCUCCGAUACCUUUCAAUUCCACUCCUUCAUUUAGCCGCCAAGGUGUAUCUGAAAAUAGCGCUCCUCUCGUCGAAAGAACUGGUACAUGGAGUACACCUCGUCAACGUUCUUCAUUUACAAAGUACUCAAAGAUUAAUCCAGCCCCCCGCAUAGCGCCCAUACCACUGAAGGUGUCACAUCGUGCGGAUACAUCCAGAGAACCUCGCAUUACUUCUGCUUCAAGCACAAGUCCUGUGGAAAGCCCAGCGUCCACAAGUAAGGAAGUAACUUCAAAAGGACCAGACAAUCGUCCAGUUCAGGUCGUGUCACCGACUCCAAAAGUACACGUUUAUAAACACGUCCCAUCUGACAACAGGAGUCUUUCCCUUAGGUCGGCAGUGUCGUCUUUGAAUCCUGGCGGCGUUACUCAGAGGACCGUACCAUUCAGUGGUGGGGCUAACGCACAAUUUCGCUGGGAACCGAAUGGUCCCGAGAUUAUUCCAAGUGCCUUUCGACCAACGACUUCGGCGUCCCGUAGAUUACCGAAAACUUUGGCUCAAGAUGCGCUACUCGAUAUGGAAGUUUCUGUUUACAUGACGGCUGGUCAUGACCGCGUGGUAGCAGCGGGGGACUGGCACCACAGGCCGAUGAAUCCGCUGGCCAAAGUGUUUUCUGAGGGAGAUUCAAUGCACUUCCUGCCAAUUUGUGUACAUCAAUCGCUGUAGUAUCCAGCAGCUGUUUGUGAAUCUUGCUGUUUCUAUUCAAAACUUCGCGUGUUAGUCUGCUAUUAAUGUUGGGAGUCGAGUCAUUGCUUAGUUCAUCUUUCAAAACUUGAUACCAGUAGGUUCGUUUCGUGAAAAACUUGCUUUGAAGGGAAGCUUCUUGGGUUAGUAUUCCAUGUAUGACCCCGACCUAUGAAUGACCCCAACCCUAACCCUAAUUAUUAAUUUCAGAGUUACGGGGUUGAUCAUAGAUAUUCAGGACGUUUCAUGGGGUCAUGCAUGGAAUUCUGACCGCUUCUUGGAUGGUUCCUAAAGUCCGCUGUCUAGUUUAGCCUCAGUUUCUAGUCUCCCGGAUGAGAAAAAAAAUCUUUCCGGAGAAGAAGACUGCUGCGUUCUUGAGCGCGGGCGGAUCUUCUGUUGAUCAAGCCUACUGUGAAAUAAAUAGGCAUUACCUAGUCAUCUUGUGCCUCUGUUUCAAAACGAGUCUUCGUGCAAAAUCUUUCAUAUGAAAAUGAGUUUGAUUUGAUUUGAGAAAAUGAACCUGUAGGCGGAACACAUUUCCACAUCAAUAGUUUCGCACGAAGACACUGACAAAUGGCAUCUCGGAAGUGGCCUAUUGUUCUUGGAGCUAAAAUCUCAUCUUUGGAUUAAGUCAUUGUACUAACACGAAUAGCGCAUCUAUUAAAUGUUGUUUACUGUAAGGAAAUAGAAAUCCCAAUUCUUUCAUGCAAAUAGGAAACUUUUUUCACCCAGUAGUAAUUAGUUCCAGUUGGUUAUUCGGAGUGGUUCGUGUAGAUUUUGUCAUGAGAUAGAAUGCUUGUUGUCUGAAAUUAUAAAUUCCACCGACCUGUAAGGCAGUAGUUCACAAUGAACGCUUUCAACAGUAAAGCUAGUCUUUUUGUUAUCCUCUUCAUCUUUGCUCGAAGUCUCAAAGAGUGAACAACUCGUUUAUGAAGAGCAGUCCCGUGAGCAUAGUUACCAACUCAAAAGUGGACGUCGUGUGUAUGUAAAUAGCACCAUAACAUCAGUAGUAUUUGUAUCACUGAUUAACAGAAUAAAAUCUUCAAGUUAAUGAAA